AUGAACAAUUCCUCAAUCACCGGAUUCGAUGUCCAGGCUGUUACUCUCUAUUCCAUCGCCGUUUAUUGGCGUAACGAGCCGGACCGCGGGGCUGAAUUGCUUGGUGAAGCAAUUUGCAUGGGAAUGGCGCUUGGCAUGAACCGAAAGGAAUUCACCAAAAUCUAUGGAGCCGGGGAUCCUCUCCUCGAGGAAAGCUGGCGACGGACCUGGUGGGUGCUCUAUAUCAACGACGCCCACAUUUCCUGGAGCACGCACAGAUUUCCAUUCCGGACAAGCGGUAUUGAAAAAACGAUGGACUUGCCCUGCGAAGAGGAUGAGUAUGAAAAAGGCGCUAUUCCACCACCAAAAUCAUUGGAAGAUUAUGAGAACCGGGAAUUCCUUGGAGAUGACGAAACUAAUUUUUCAUCCUAUACAGAGCUGAUUGGUCUCACAUUGGCAAUUGAUCGGGUUAUUACAUCAGGAUACAAGUUAGGCGCCCAAAAGUACAAUGCCAUGGCUUCCAGGACCGACACUAGCAUCUGGGGGUGGUACUCUCUUCUUCCACCAGCCAAAAGAGCUUUGAUCCGUGCCGACGGAUCAGUUGAUGAGAUUAUGUUUAAAUCAUUGUUUAUCAUGCACACAUACUUUGUCGAAGUUCACCGACCCCUCUCGGCACUGACCUACAGCGCGAUCGAGUCUGUAUCUCAUUGUGCUCCAUUGCCACCCUCGGAGGAACUGAAAUUCAACCAUACUAUAGAACGAGAGGUCCACACUGCUAGAUGUAUCAAAGCGAUAGACACCAUUGACGAAUUUUUGACAUUGCCUACAAAUAUCAAGACUCAUUCUCCGUUCAUCAUUUGCAUGAUUGCCGGGUUGACCAUUGCACACCUCUCCGCGUGUCGAUACGUCUACACCGGCGAAAGACUGACCAAACGCCGCGAGAAGAUCCGUUUGACUAUGGGCACUUUGAAAAAUCUAAGCGAACACUGGGCAUUUGCGAAAAGAAUAUACCGGGAAAUCGGAAUUAUUGCCCGAGAACUAUUGUCUCUAUCAAAGGAUACUCCAACUCCCUCUACCACAGUUGACAUGUCUUCAAUUGACUUGACAGCAUUGGGCAGUUUACCAGAUGCUGACUUUGACUUUUGUGCAUUUUUCGAUUCCAGCACUACUAGCCACAGUGAACCAAGCUCUUAG